AUGAAUGUCGUUGUAGAUACAGAUAUCUAUAUUAAUAGAGAGAAAGAGAGAAUGACAGAAGACAAGUUUCAACAUAUCAGAGAUUGUAUAGGAGAUGAUGUCUUUGAAAAGGUACAGAAAGCAAAGGUGUUGGUUGUAGGUGCCGGUGGUAUUGGUUGUGAGUUGUUAAAGAAUUUGGUGUUAUCAGGCUUUAAAGAUAUCCAUAUUAUUGAUUUGGAUACAAUUGAUCUAAGUAACCUAAAUAGACAAUUCUUGUUUAGAAAACAUCAUAUUGGUAUGUCAAAGGCAAAGAUUGCAAGAGAAGCAGUAUUGAAAUAUAAUCCAGAUGUUAAUAUUGAAGCACAUGAAGGAGAUAUUAAGAAUCAACAAUAUGGACAUCAAUACUUUCAACGAUUCGAUUUGGUGAUGAAUGCACUUGACAAUUUGUCGGCUAGAAAGCAUGUCAAUCGUAUGUGUUUGUCGGUUGGCGUGCCAUUGGUAGAGAGUGGUACGGCUGGCUAUUUGGGACAGGCGACUGUCAUCCUAAAGGAAAAGACAGAGUGUUUUGAGUGUCUGCCAAAGGAGGCACCCAAAGAGUUUGCAGUGUGCACCAUUCGAUCCAACCCAUCGUCACCGAUUCACUGCAUCGUGUGGGCAAAGAUGUUGUAUGGCCGUUUGUUUGAUGUGGCCGACGAGAACAAUGCCGUCACUGACAUGGACGACAACAUUGUCGAAGGUGACCCCGAAAAAGGCACCGAGGUACGCGACACCAAACUCGAACAGGCCAAAGCCAAAGGAUACGAUCACUGGGUAUUCCACAAGGUCUUUCACACUGACAUUGACCGUCUUGCUAGAAUGAAAGAUCUAUGGACUGGAAAAACACCUCCAACUCCAUUACUUUUAGAUGAUUUACUAAACAACUAUCAAAAAAAUAAUGGUAAUAAUAAUAAUAAUAAUAAUGGAACAAUUACAACGAAAUCUAUUGCUUUGAAUAGUCAAAUUGUAAAUAGUUUUGAAGAUAAUACUAGAGCAUUUGUAGAAGUGAUAAAGAAACUAAAAGAGAGACUUGAAAAGGAUGGCGCAAAGUCAUGGGACAAGGAUGAUGAUUUGGCACUUGACUUUGUGGUGGCUGCAUCCAAUAUUCGAUCUCAUAUCUUUGGUAUCCCACUCAAAUCAAAGUUUGAUAUCAAGCAAAUGGCUGGAAACAUUGUUCCUGCUAUUGCCACAACCAAUGCAAUCAUUAGUGGUUUCAUUGUAUUGGAAGCAUUCAAAAUAUUAUCUUCAAGAGAUCAAAUUCAAGAAAAAUGUAAAACUACAUUUUUAUUUAAACAACCAUCAAACAAAAGAGUUAUUUAUCCAGUUUCGAUUGAUCAACCAAAUAAAAGUUGUUAUGUUUGUUCACAGACUGUUGUAACACUCAAGAUUGACACCAACACAACAACGAUUGGUAAAUUGGUCAAUGAAGUAUUGAAAAAGGGAUUGGCAUUCCACGAACCAAUGAUUAUGAAGGGUCAAUCCAUGAUCUAUGAAGGUGGAGAUGAUCUAGACAAGGAAGAAUUGGAUGCACGUAAAAUGGUCGAACAAAAACCAAUGAUUACAUUUGGACUAUCUGAUAACGCAAUCAUAGAAGUUCAUGAUUAUUUACAAGAUAUUAAAGUUUCCAUUUUAAUUUCACAUUGUGAUAAAUUUGAAGAUCAAAAUAAAUUCUUUGAAGUUAGUGGAAAACCACCUCAAGUUCAAUCAGAUACAACAACAGCAGCAACGACAACAACAACAGAUGGAACAGUUCAACAAGAAGAUAUUGAUGAAGUUGAAAUUAUUGAAUAUCCACCACCAUCUGAUGGUAAAUUAAAGAGAAAGGAAAGAGAACAAGAUGAUAUUACGGUUGAAGAAGAACAAAUGCAAGAAGAACAAGAUCCUCAUAAAAGAACAAAGAAAUAA